CGGCCGUGUGUCCGUGGCCGUGUAGGAAGCCUGAAGUCCACUUAAUCGAAACUCCGCGUUUUGACACUUACACGGGUAGCUGGGUAAGCCACACGGCCGUGUGGCCUGCCCGUGUGGUUUGGAAAAUAUGGUUUUAACAAAAAUUCGAGCCAAAGGAGAGAGAGUCGACUUUUUGGAGCAAAAACAGAGCCCUAGAGAGAGAAGGUGCGAAGAACACAUCCUAGAAGCGAUCUUGGAGAUCAUCAUAGGAGUGAAAAUCAUUAUCCCAGAGCAGAUUCUUCCCAUUGUUAUGAGUAUGACUGUUUUAUAUUUUGUUUUUCCCUCUCUCUCUAUGGAGUAGAACUCUCUCUCACUUGGGUAUGAAGAACCCUAGUUCCAUGUGUUAGUAAUCUUGAUUGUAAUUACGUUUGGAUUGUGAUACUGCUUGAUUAUAAUUGAUUGAAGUGUUUGGAAUGAGUCAAUUGAAGUUUGAUCACCUUUUAUUGAUUUCUGUUGCAACCUGAGAUAGAUAGAAUCUGAUUAGGUGGUUAGAGCUUCUUCAAUUGGUAGUAGUGAAUCGAUUAUACGAGAGUUAGUCAAUUCACUGCUUUGUACUGGAAUCUAAUUCCAGUAGUGGAGUUUUGUGUUCAUGGCCUCGGCUUUCUAUCCUGGUGAAGAAUAGUCGUCUGCCGGGUAGUUGGACUGAGGGGGCUUGGUCAGCUUAAGAGAUUCCAAGCUACUGUCACCAACCCCUCGCCGGAAUCCUCUCCCCCUCGCUGGUAAAAACCAAGACUUUUGAUUUUUUUGGCGAUUUUCUGCCACUUUUGGUCGGUUUUUCACCAAACCACCACCCAACCUAAUCUUCCCUCCUCCUUUUCGGCAUUUACCUUGCUUUUGGGGCGAUUUGGGCCGUAUUUGGGUCACCGGAAGCGAUUUCCGGCGAGACUCUGGCGAGGCUCCGACCUGCAUUUUCGGGCAGAUUUUCAGGUUUUCGUCGCUUCCAUUGCCUUCCCCUCAUCACCCCCUACACCUCUACUUGUGUCUCCAGGUUUGAUUUUGCCCUUUACCUUGUGAUUUGUGGAGAAUUGGGUGUUAGGGUGUACUUUUAGAGAACCACUUUGAAAUGUGUGAAUUGAUUGAAAUUGAUUGAAAGGAAGGCUUGGUUUAUGUGUGGAUUGUGUUGGGCAAUGUUUCCCUUGCUUGAUUGAGCUCUUGUAUGCUAUGAAUUUACCAUUCUAUGCUUAACUUAAACUUGCACACAAGGUAUUCGAUGAAAUGCCAGUUUUUUAUACCAUUUUGUGGAAGCCGGUUGGGGCCCUUAAUGAUGUGCUUUGAUGGUGUAUUUGCUAUGGAUGUGAACCUUAAGUGGCCUACUUUAUUGUGGAUGUGCACCGCCACCCAGAUUGUGCUUGUUUGAUCGAUUUAUCAACCCCCGAACUAUGGAUGAAACUAUGGUUCGACUAUUUUCUAUUUUCUAUUUUCAAGUGUGGGGGUGUGAUUGACCGUUUCUAUGGCUCUUUUGGCUCCACUUUGGUUUGUUUUCUUUCAGGACCAUGUCGAAGACUGAUCUCAAGCAUUGGUUCAUCUGUGAUUUGAAGAGGGGCCCCCACAAGGAUCGCUUUAAGCGCGUCCAAGUAUCAAAGUUUGGGAGGCACCACUACUGGUCCAGGAGGGAGUUUCAGAAGCUGAUUUGCUUCGAUCACUUCCUCAAUAUUGCCACCAACCGCGCAUGGUGUCGGCUGUUGUCUCUACACGAGAAGGUCUACUACGAGUUGGUGCUAGAGUUCUACACGACCUUUAGGCACGCCGACACCACCGAUUGGACGGACAGCGAGGCCGUUAAGUGCAGGCUAGGUGGUGAACCUCGCUCUAUGAGCCACCACGAUUUGGCUAUCGCUCUAGACCUCGGCCUGGACGACGACGAGGAUUAUGUCACCGAGCUCAAUAGUCUAGCCGUUGUAUGCUUCAAGGCUUUGUACGCGCAGCUCGCUCGACCCGGUCAACCUCCCAUCCAGCUCGAGAAUCGUCUGCUACACCACAUGCUUGCGAAGUCCUUCACUCCAGCUGGAGAUAGUGCCAGUACCCUGACUAGGUGGUCCAUGUACUUCAUCCACUCCAUCCGCACUGCGAACCAUGAUCUCCACCUGGGUUCUGUGGUGGCGAGGACUCUGGACAAGAGUGAUGUUAAUAUGGGGACCCUCCACCAAGGUUCUAAAAGGCGCUAAGCGUAAGGCAGGCGCUCGGCUCUUGACUUGCGCCUUGCCCGAUUAGGCGUAGUCUAGGCGCGCCUAGGCGUUUAGAGCAUAAUGGAAAAACUCUCAAAUAUUUCAUAUUUUCUGGUAUAAUUCAUAUAAUCUAAGUGCAUAUAAAAUUAGCAAUGCCUAGUUCUUAACAGUAAACACUUAACAUAACA